AUGGAGCAAGAAUCCCAAAAGAGAAAGCUAGAAGAGACUAGUCUUGAGAUUGAGCCUCAAAAUACCCCAAUUUUAUGUGCAAAUAAUUGUGGAUUCUUUGGGAGUUCAAGCUCCAAUAAUCUUUGUUCAAAGUGCUACAAAGAUUAUAUGUUGAAACAAUCCAAAAUCUUUGAUGAAGAAUCGAAAAAGAGCGAGAAAAAAUCGGUUGUAGAGGAAAUUGAGACGAGCCAGUUGGGAAAGAGGGUUUUGUUGUGGUACAACAGGGUGUUGCAAGUGAGGGGCUGUCGUCGGGGAAUACGUUUUGCUUCUAUCAAGAGUGUGUUUGAUUACAAGAGUGCAGGGCAGGAUGCUAUUGCGAAGGCAAAUCUGGUGGUGAAGGCUGAUAAGAUUGAGAAGGAACAUGUUUGCUUUGCAGUGCUAGGUUCAUCCAAAAGCAUCUGUUUGUUUAGGAAUGCAAUUCAUUUCAUGGUUCAGUUCAUUUUAAGGCAUCCAAACAAAUGUGUUUAUGGCUAUCCAUUGGAAAAUUCAGCUGUGUAA